UUAAUGUGCAGAUCGAGUGGAACUGCACUCGUCCACCCACAAGAAAGGUGGACAGGCGAAGGUGGAGAGAAAUGGCGGAUAAAGAAUUACUUCACGGAGAUUUGGAUAGAGAAGGGAGGUGAGCAACUGGCGUAGUCAUGGAUAAGGCCCGAGCGGCAGUCAAAGUAGCAUGGGAUCUGGAAAGCGAUGGAUUUGUGAUUAGCUUUAGGCGUAUAAUUGGCCCACAAAACCAUUGCCAACUCCUCUUACUUGCCCAUGUCGAUCGGCCUCGGCCCCCUCCACCACCUCCAACUUUGCAUUGAGGCCUGACUCCUCCAUUUUCGAUCAUCAGCAGCCUUGUGUAUCACGUCUGCUAGCAGCACCAUAUAAUCCUAGUUUGCAUUAUAUAUAAACUCAUGAGUCCACAACAGCAUUACUAUACUUUGCAUUUGCAUUCAUUGAUAUCUUUCCUUGCUUAGAGCUAGCUAGAGAGAUAUGAGUGAUCUCCCUCCCGGUUUCCGGUUCUUCCCCACUGAUGAAGAGCUCGUCGUCCACUUCCUCCAUCGCAAGGCCUCAUGCCUCCCGUGCCACCCUGACAUCAUUCCCAACCUCGAUCGACGCCUCUUCGAUCCAUGGGAACUAAAUGGUAAAGCCCUGCAAGGAGGUAAUUGCCAAUGGUACUUCUUCAGCCAUGCAGCGGCCCCGAAUCGGAUCUCUCCGAGCGGGUAUUGGAUGCCGGUCGGAGCCAAAGAGACGGUAACCAGUGGAGGCAGGGCUGUGGGCAUGAAGACUACUCUCGUCUUCUACGCAGGCCGAGUCCCCGAGGGCAUAAAAACCAAUUGGUUGAUGGAUGAAUACCAACUGAUAGAUGGCGCCACCGCGCCCAACGGCAAGAGCAGCUCAUCCAUGAAGAGAGGAAGCAAGAAGAGAAGAGAUCUCAACUUGGUGGUCUGUCGAGUGUACGAGGCGAGCUUCUUCCAUGUGGAGGAGAACGAGCUUUCGUGCUUGGACGAGGUGUUCUUAUCGUUGGACGAUCUGGAAGAAAUCAGCAUGCCCAAGUAGGAUGAGUUGUCGAUCAAUCUUGUUCAUUACUAGAACACCAAGAACUGAACACUCGUGGCGAAGAAAUCAAGAAUUUGCAGAUGGUCUUUUGAAUUUGUAAUUGUAGGGGUGUAAAGCUAUCGAUCGUAUGACAGUUGUUUGAAUUAGAAUAAGGUUUAAUUAAAGAUAGCUAGAACAAUUUAAAUGUACUAUAUUAUAAAUAUAUUUAUAUAUGAAGUAAUUUUGUUCUGCUUUCAGUAUUGUCUUAAAGGUGCAGUUUAAACGUGAUUAUUAUUUCUUAA